AUGGCUGACAUCAUUAACAAAGGCCGCAUCAGACAACGCUCUGUUGUCAUCACCCUACUUGAUCUGAAGAAUGCUUUUGGCGAAGUCCACCACAAUCUCAUCCAAUCAGUACUCGACUACCACCACAUCCCAGAACACAUAAAAUUCGUUAUAAAAAGUUUAUACACUGAUUUCCAAACCUCAAUAAUUAUCUCCGAAUUCCGCGCCCCUUUUAUAUCUGUUGGCCGUGGCGUAUUGCAAGGAGAUUGCCUCAGUCCUCUUCUUUCCAAUAUGUGUUUUAAUACUUUCAUCCAACAUAUAAAAGCCGAAAAGUACCGCCAGUUUGGCUUGUCCAUCAAGCUAUUAAAUCCUAUCCACUUGUUCCAGUUCGCUGAUGACGCAGCCGUAAUCGCUGGCCAAGAAUCUGAAAACCAGCAUCUCUUAAAUCGUUUUUCCAUCUGGUGCCAAUGGUCCAAUAUGAUUAUCAGAGUCGAUAAAUGUAGUACCUUUGGCAUCAAGAAAGCCAUCACAAAAUCAGUCCAAUAUUUGCCGAAACUCCUCAUCAACAAUAAUAUGAUACCAACAAUAAAGAUUGGAGGAGCAUUUCAAUAUUUAGGACUUUACUUUGAUUUUAAAAUGUCGAAUAAUAACCAUAACACUGAACUAACCACUCUCGUUAAUGAACCAAUGACUGAUAUUGACUCGAAGCCACUCCAUCCUAGAAAUAAGCUUCUCGUGUACAGUCGUUAUGUCUUAUCCAAAUUAUCCUGGCAUUUCACCAUCGCAACACUUUCUAAAACAUGGGUUAUUUAAAAUAUUGAUCCCGUAGUCAACCAAUACAUCCGUAAAUGGCUUGAAAUUCCAAUCUCAGGAACACUAAGUACUGUUUUUCUAACUUGUAACAAAUUUGGUCAAAGUAUUUAUCCUCCAUCGGUGAAAUUUAUCCAAUGCUAAACAGUUCUUCGAAAAGCUUUAAAACUUUCUCCUAAUCAAUCAAUUAACGAACAGUGGAAAUCUACUAAUACUCAUACUAAUAUCCAAUACGACUUUUAUAACUCAACCAAAGAAGUGCUUAAAGAUUUUCGCUCUGAACAUGAUGAUAAACUCAAAAACCAAUUAACUUGUCAGGGAUUCUUUUUCUCUAAUUUAACAAAGUUGUCGCAUCUUAACAAAGUGUGGUCUACUGCUCAAUCAAAACUUCCGAAAAACAUUUAUAACUUUACUAUACGCUAUAUCAAUAACUCUCUUCCGACACGUAAGAACCUUAACAGAUGGGGAUUGUCUUCAAGUUCAGAAUGCUCCUUUUGUCUCGGCCCAGAAUCAUUAUUGCACGUGGUCGCUGGAUGUCAGUGUCAUCUCGAUCGAUUUACGAGAAGGCACAAUUCAAUCCUGAACUUUCUUGCCAAUACCUUGCAAAUUGUGAACGGUUCUGCCCUCUACGCUGAUGUGCCCGGAUUCAAAAGUCCGUCAAUAAUAACUGGUGAUACGUAUCGGCCGGAUUUGUUGCUAUCAUUAUCAAAUGGCUCUUUCCACGUCGUCGAGCUCACUGUUGGCUAUGAGACAAACCUCGAGAACAACGUUAAACGGAAAAAAUCCAAAUAUAGAGAACUAGUAAGACAGCUAGAUGAAAAUUUUAACGAAGUAAACUUUGUUAAUCUUUCCAUGAGCUCCCUAGGUAUUUUUGCGCAAGAAUGCUCUACAUUCUUAGAAAUGCUAGGAAAUGUUGGUCUCGACAUAAACUACCAAACGUACUGUGUUAGGAAAAUGAUGAUUAUUGCCAUUCGAAGUACUUAUUACAUUUUCUGCUGUCGAAAUAAGGAAUGGGAAAGUCCGGACUUGUUAACUAUUUGA